AUUCCAAAAAAUUUCCGAAGAAGAAUUAUGUUAGAAAGGGUUCCUUCCCAUGUUUACAAAGUAGGCCUACCCUUUAUUACCUUCCUUCUUGGUGGUUUAUACGGCAUGGCUUAUAUAAUGGAAGGCAGAGUAGAGGUGAAAGAAGCCAGGGAUCGUUUGGAGGGAUUCCCGAAGGAACUAGCGGAAGAACUAAAAGUGGAUAUUUCUAAGAAGAAAAAGAUAUCUUUGGAGGAAGAAUAUGAGAAAGCAAAACAACUGGCGUCGGCAGACUACGAGAAUAAACCAGUUCCCAAAAGAAACUGAAGUUUAUGGGUAACGAGAGACAUUGAGACUUUGGACCUAAUUCACCUUUUCAUACCAGAAAUUUGCCUACACACAAAGGGAAAACUAUCAUACGAAAUUUUUGAAUUUUACA